AUGAAUCUUCUCUCAACUAAUAGUUCGUCGUUGUUAUCCGACGAUAUUAUCCCAGUCAGUAUCACACCUUCGAAAAUAUCCUCGACACCUACCUACGAACAAAAUAAUGAACAAUACCUUCAGACAUUUGCCACAUGGAAUGAAUAUGAACAAAUAUGCUUCGUGGAGAAUUUACUAAAACAAAUGCAAAGCCACCAGCAUGGCCAAGUCAAUACAUAUCUGUUACCAAUGUUAAAGAGAGAUUUUGUCGGCCGACUUGCGUUUCAGGGUCUCGUGCAUGUUGCAGAAAAAAUUCUCGGAUAUCUAGAUGAUCAAUCAUUGAAAUCAACAGAACUUGUCUGUCGUGAGUGGUAUCACGUGAUAUCAGAAGGUAUGUUAUGGAAAAAACUCAUCGAACGAAAGUUUCUAUCGAACGCACUUUGGCGCGGCUUAGCUGACCGCCGUGGAUGGUCGAAAUAUCUCUUUCGUCAACUGAUAAUUAAUGGUGAAAAACCGAAACGUCAUGAUUUCUAUCGUCAGUUAUACCCACAAAUUCUUCGUGAUAUCAAACAAUUGGAAAAUAAUUGGCGAACAGGAAAUUUUCAAUUAGAAAAAAUUCAAUGUCGUUCACAAAACAGCAAAGGCGUUUAUUGUCUACAAUACGAUGAUGAAAAGAUUAUUAGUGGUCUUCGUGAUAACACAAUUAAGAUUUGGAAUAGGAAGUCACUGGAAUGCAUUCAAGUAUUAACAGGACAUAAUGGAAGUGUUUUAUGCUUACAGUAUGAUGAAAAAGUGAUCGUGACUGGCUCGUCGGACUCGACUGUGCGAGUAUGGAAUGUUAAAACUGGCGAAUUGAUGAAUACAUUACUACAUCAUUGUGAAGCAGUUCUUCAUCUUCGAUUUAUCAAUGGAACAAUGGUGACAUGUUCGAAAGAUCGUUCGAUUGCUGUUUGGCAAAUGAAUUCACCAACUGAUAUAUCAAUACGCCGUGUCUUAGUUGGACAUCGUGCUGCUGUCAAUGUGGUCGAUUUCGAUGAUAAAUAUAUUGUCAGUGCGAGUGGUGAUCGCACAAUCAAAGUUUGGGACACAACAACUUGUGAAUUUGUUCGUACACUUCUUGGACAUAAACGUGGUAUUGCUUGUCUACAAUAUCGAGACAAAAUCGUUGUCAGUGGAUCUUCAGAUAACACGAUACGAGUUUGGGAUAUCGAAUGUGGUGCUUGUUUACGUAUUCUCGAAGGACACGACGAACUAGUCCGGUGCAUUCGCUUCGAUUCCAAACACAUUGUUUCAGGUGCAUAUGAUGGCAAAAUUAAAGUCUGGGAUUUACAAGCAGCACUUGAUCCACGCUCACAAGCAUCAUCACUAUGUAUAAAAACCUUAACUGAACAUACGGGUCGCGUAUUUCGUCUGCAAUUCGAUGAAUUUCAAAUAGUUUCGAGUUCACAUGAUGACACCAUACUUUGCUUUAAUUUCCUUCAACCGGAUUCGUCCACAUUGGCAGUUCAACAGAACUCGUCGCCUGUUCUCAGUCGAUGUCAAAUUCAAACAACAAACUUUCCUCCAUCUACAACAACUAUGGAAUCAUCAGAUAACGACAACACUAAUGAAUCAGCAUCAAAUGUGUUUCAAAGUCAAGCUUCUGUUCAAUCAACGAUAUCAUCCUCGUCUGUCUCGGGAAAAUAA